UCCGGGUUGACAGCGGUUUUUCGCAAAAUGGCGCUGUCCUAUAUGCGGGUGUGCGGCGGUGCUUCUAUGACUUUUCUGUGCGGGAUCCGGUACAUGGGGCUCACCGCAGGGCUCUGUAGGCCUAAAUUAGCCGCCACACAACUCAGAUUAUGUUUAGUAAGGCAGUAUUCGCCUUCUCAGGCGAGGUACGGCCUUGGCCAAAGCAUCGCAGCAAGGUUGAAAUGGGCAAACGAAAAGUACGAGAGAUUUCUUCAGCGACGUUUCCCUAGAUUUUUCAUCCUCUAUUCCACGUUUAUGCGAGGAUUUCGACUCUUCUUCGAGGAUGCCCGAGAAGUUCAUAGGAUCAGAAUUCGGAUAAUCAAAAACGGCAUCGAUCCCCGGAAGCUGCCUUACCGUGACAUGGAGAAGCUCAGACAGUUCCACAGAGAUAUGAUCAAAGCCAUUCCUCUGGUGAUCAUCUCCAUUCCUCCGUUUGCCAACUACCUAGUGUUUGUUUUAAUGUACCUUUAUCCUCGCCAGCUCCUGAUACGACAUUUCUGGACGCCGCAGCAGCUGCUGGAGUUCCGGGCGGUGUAUCACGCACAGAGAGUGCAGCAUCACCAGCCACUCCUCGGCGGAUUGAAGACGACGGCAUCGCACCUCGCACACGAACAACUGAAAAACCGACUUACUGAACUGUGCAGUAAAGUCCAGAGUGGUGCUCACCCUGUUGUGUCUGAUCUUCACGCAGUGAGCACUUUAUUCUCAGGCCCUCCACUGGGAAUCAGAAGGAUGGGUGCAGAUCAGAUGAGACACCUCUGCACGUUGCUCUUCUUAACGCCCCGCCUCCCGGCGUUCUGGAUGAGCCAACGUUUAAAUAGCCACGCCCUAGAGCUCAUGCACCUGGAUCGCGCCAUCAUCAACCUGGGCCUCCAUCAGCUCUCUGACGUGGAGCUCAAAGAGGCGUGUUAUGUGAGAGGGCUGAACGUGGAGAGUCUGAGUCCAGCACAGUGCCGAGACUGGAUGUCACAGUGGCUGCAGUUCUCAGUGCACCUUAAAGAAUCCGAGACCUCGCUGUAUUUGCAUGGUAUGAUGCUGCUGACGGUGAACUACCAGAACCUUCCGCACAGCUGAUCAGACCCUGCGAUCUUCCCAUCAAAGGAUCAGGAGUAAAGCAUAUAAAAACUUCUGACCGGGAGGGGAAAAAACAAAGGGAGUGAACCACUGCUGUUAUCAGAGACUUACCAGAACAGUAUCAGGAUCAUACAGCACAGCUCCUCAAAGACAGUGUUGAGUGACUUUGAGAGGGAAUGAUAGUAAUCUCCUACUUAUUUUCUUGUUUACUUGAGCGAACUGAUUAAAAAGAUGGGUGGGAAUCGUGAUGAACGCAAGGAAAACAAUACCUUGCGUCCUAUCAGACGUCUGUAAAUGGAACAAUUGGAUCCAUUCCACAUUUACACACAACUUUAAGCCUCAGAAACACUAAGAGGUCUCGUGAUUAUAUUAUAAAAUGAUUAUAAACAACGUCUCUAAGAACGGAUGGGUUAACAAUGAGUGCAGUUCUGUGCUCGUAUGGUUUGGAAGUUUAGUCUUGUGCUUUUCUGCCUUUUUGUUUAAUUUACAUACAAUCUAUACUCCAAAACCUUGAUGGAAUUGUACUGUAAAACAGUAUUCAGGGUUGCCAGUUUUGUCAAAAAUCUACCAGCCAAAAACAACCCAAAAACAUAAUCAAUAAAACGUCUAGUCUAUAACUGAUUAUUAUGAAGCGACAUCAUGCAGUACAUUUGCAAUAAACUGGUAUUAAAGCCAGUUUUCUUAAGUCAGCGUAAUAAUCUGAGCCUUUUAUAAGAAAGAAGUCUAUGAUAGCCUCUGCCGGUUAAAAGCUGAUGAAUAUACAGGGUUUAUUCACAGCUGAUUACGUUUAUUUGUGCCUCCAGAAACCAUUCGGCUAUAGUGCAGUGUGAAAUGUAAGAAUAACAGAACAGGUUAUUUUCUCUCAAUUUGGCCUGCAGUCACUGAUCUCUGUAAAUGUGCCUUGAUGUUAUAAUGACAUGUCACCAAUGACCACUGCUAUAUAAAGAGAUUUUUUAUUUCACGUACGAAAUAUGUGAAGUGUGUGUGUGUGUGUUCGUGUGUUUUGCUGUUGCUUGGUGCAAACAAGGUAACAAAAGUGACACAUUGUGAUGUUUUCACUUCCUUGCUUUCUCAACACAUAAAAAUACAGAGCUUGUAAGUCUUUACAAGGUUC